AACGCACGUAUCGGAUAGCCGCUGCGCCAUCCUCUACGGGACCUAGCUAGUAUCAACAACUUCCCAUCCUGUUCUCAAACUCUUUUCCCAAAAGUUUUCAUUCCCACGAACCAAGUCAUCAACUGUGUUUCUCACUCCCAAAUUCCAAGUUUCUAACCCAUUGGCACAACGAAAUUCAAUUAAUUGGAACAAAUUCGAAACCCUAACCGCCAUUUCCGAACCUUGACAUGCUACCAAUCCUUCCCCAUUUACCUUUUUAAUGGAGAAUAGCUACUCGGUAUCACCCAAUCUAUUUGAUCAAGUUCAGAUCUUGUUGAAGAAAGAAGCUGGCUUUGAUUCUAUCAACCUUAAUGAUCACUCACUUGAUUCUCCACCAUCGUCAUUUUUCGAAGAAGCUGUCGCUGGAUCAAAGCCCUCCUCUGAUGCUUUGCGAUGUAAGAACUGCAGCGGAGAGCUAUUGCGAGGGUCGGAUUCUAUAAUUUGUGUAUAUUGUGGGCAUGCGCGGCAGCAAGAUUUUUUUCGUCAGCCGAUUUCUUUCAAAAAUUCCUUCGCGUUUCAGUGGUUUUUGAAGUCUCUUGAUUUGGAUGGAUUCGAAAGUGUUGGGAUACCGGUUAGAGAUAAUCAAUUUGGGGAUAGAGGGCGGAGUUCGAUCAAGGAGGACGAAAUCACGUUAUCGGAUUUCCUUAAUCUCCAGCUAAAGUGGUCUGAUGAUUCAAGAGAAUUUGGUGUGGAAUCUGAAGAACGGCUUCCUGGGAAAAGUUAUUUGAGUUUAAUUGGUGUAGAUAUAGAGGAUAUUUCAGGUCAGGAAAGUAUUGAUAAUGGUUUUAUUGUUCGCAAUGAACAUGUGGUGGUGAGUCGAAAAUUUGGAAAUGAAGAAAGUGGAAUUUCAGGAAAGAGGAGUCUUAGUUUGUUUGAAAAUACGCAGUUUACUGAGGCUGCUUCCAAGUCUGGCGAGGGUGAGAAUACCGAGUCCUUUUCUGAUUGGGGAGCGGAGUUUCAAUCUGCCGUCCUAGAGUCUGGAUCUGAGAAAUCAGCCAAUAGCUUACUUUCUGAUGCUCUUUCAGGAAGUAUGACUAUUUCUAGUGACAAUCUUUGGAGUAACUUGGAGUCUGUACAACCUUUCAACAUUAGGGUAUCUGACGGGAAUAUCUUGGUUGAAGGUGGUGGAAAGGCCACUGAACCAGUUGAUCCCUCUUUUGAUUGGUCACCAGCAAAUGAACAACCUACCAUGUUGGACAAUUCCCCUAAUAUUGAGAAAAGAGAUGGUGAUGAUUCUUUUUGUGACUGGGGGGACUUUAGGAUGUCUAUAAAUGAUAGUAUUACUCAAAGCGAACCAAGCAGUGCAGCUGUGACUGGUACUGAUAGUAGCAGUAGACUCUUUACUUCUGACCAAUUUGAUAAUUUCACUGGUUUUGUGGUUUCAAAAAGCAUCCAAUUCCCGACCGAUUCUUUUAAAGGGCCUGAUAAUGCCUGGAACAGUUUUACAACAUCAAGUACUAGAGGAGAUAUUCAAUCGCAGAUCAACAGCGAUAAGACAGAGGAGCAUGCUGGUAUAGGUGAUCCAGCAAUGGAUGGAGAAAAUGAUCUUGCUCCGUUGGAUGUUACUUACUUUGAACACGAAGGUAUCAAUGUUGAAAGGACCCAGAAUAAGAUAUCUGAUCUAGGUGAUUCAAUCGGGUCAUGGAAUAAUGAUGUACACUUAGGUAUUGUAGGUGGACUUGAUCAGUUGCAAGGCAGAGAAAGCAAGUCACCUGCAAGUAGGACUACCAAUAACCUUCAUAAUUCAUUUGACUUGUGGAAUGAUUUUAAGGGUUCUGACAAUCAACACCAAGCAAUUACUAAAGAAGAAGCUGAUAACAAAAUAUCAACUGAAGAUGUAAGCAGAUGUGAUGAAUGGAAUGAUUUUGCUGGACCUAGUGUUGGGAAAAAGGAUCAGCAAGCCAGCAACCUAGAAGUGGUAGAUCGGAAGGGAAAUGGUAAUCAAAGUGAUUCAUUGGCUUUGUGGAACGAUAACUCGCAUGAUGCAUGGAGUGAUUUUGCAGGACGUGGUGUUUUUGACAGUAAGCCGAUUAGUAAUGAUAUUUCAGCUGUGGUAUGGAAUGACUUUUCAAGUAUAAUAGCAAGUGAUGCAAAUCAAACUCAAAGUAGCGACACAAGAAACUCUGAAAAUCAAGCAGCACCCGAGAAUGAUAACCCAUUUAGUUCAUGGAGUGAUUUCCGGAGCUCGGGAACUCAUACAGGAAAUGGGUUUUUGGGACCGGAUGAUAACAACGCUAAUUCAGAUCAAAUCAGCUUCCAGAAAGAUCCUAACAGCCUAAUAAAGGUUGAGGGCAAUAGCACAUUCAGUUCAUCGGGUGAUAUUGGGGGCUCAACAUCCAUUUUAGAACCGCAACUGCAAGCUGCAGUAGCAGGAUCUCCUGAAAAUAUAUUGAGCAGUGGAGAUGGUUAUUUGUUUUCAGGAUUUAGUAACAGUGGCAAACAAUUUAUUAGUCAACCAGACAAUCAACUCCGGUUUGAUGGAGUUGCAAUACAUAAUGGAGAAUCUGCUCCUGAAAGUGAUGAUCCAUUUGGUGCAUGGUCUGAUUUUACGAGUUCAAGUAAUAUGCAAGCAAAUCUUAGUAGCUCAGCGAAUGCACCUGAUGACAAAGAAGCUGUUAAAGGUGAUCUGUUUGAUGCAUGGAAUGUAAUCGUUAGCUCCCCCAAUAUGGUAACUGGUAAAGACACCAAUGUCACAAUGGUAAACACACCAGAAUUAAAUCAUUUCAGCCCCAAUAUGAAGUCACAAUAUGCGGGGCCUAACAGAUCGAUUCCCUUGGAUCUAAAUGUUGGAAUGUUCACUCACCAAAAUGGUUCUGCACCAGAUGGAUUUUCACCACCUGAAGGUCCUGAUUUGGUUAGGAGCCAACGUGGUGAUGUUAAUAGUGAUUGUUACGUUGAUGGAAUGAACCUAAGUGAAAGUAGCUCGAAGGAAGCAUUAAAUGUUAUGUCUGUUGCCGAGACUUUGAUCUCAGAGAUGCACGAUUUAUCCUUCAUGCUUGAAAGCAGCCUCUCCAUUCCAAACAGUGGUAGAUGAUAACAUCACAUAUGUGCCUACUUGUACCAGAUGCAUGAUUCGAGCUUUUUAUCGUCUCUCUGCAUUGUAUGACCUUUUGUAUGUAUUGGCUUGAUCUAAUUUUGAACGUCGUGGGAUAUUUCUGAAAUUAAACCGCACCUUAAUUGGCCUAGGAAUGGGUUUCUACUCCAUUAUGAUGCCAUCAACGGUACUAGGGCCAUAAAAUAUGUACUGUGAUUUAUUGGUGGUUACUACAUCUCGUUGUGGGAACCAACUUUUCGCCCCACAGAGGCAUCGACCCACCCAAAGCAACUGAAACAGAAAGAGGGGAACUUAGCCUCACCCAAAAGGUGGUUGUUCAAGGUCAGUCGAAAUUAGCUCCGAUGACGACGCGUGGACAGUUGAGUCCAACUAAAGGAGGAAAACCAAAUCCUCUUGUAAAAUAAAGAUGGUGAGUGUGGUGUAUUUUAUUUGAGGGAGUGGUGAAGUUUAACCCCUGUACAUUAGAGGCUUUGGUACACAAAUUUGAAGUAUUUGCAACAUUAUAUUAGGACUUUGACUUUUUUUUCCUCAUUAAUGUAAUUCUUGGGAAUGACCAAAAGCAAUUUGUGAAUUAACAAACUUUCAA